UGGUAUGUCAUACUGAGUCCCCUAUAGCAAAGUCUUGAUGCAGCAGUGACACGAUGAGUUAUGUCCUAUGACACCACUGCAAGCCUCCUCCUCAUCUUUCCACACUUUGGUUAUUCGUAACGUCAACAUGCCUGAACCCACCCACGGAGGCGAGAUGGCCCGGAAAUAUAUCAAGGAAGUCAGCGAUGCCAAUAUGGACGAUUGUAUCAGGUCGGCCAGCUUCAACGCUGAUGUUCAAGAGGCCAUUAGCAAGCAUGUCAACCUGGAACUUAGAAGCUGGUACGCUUUUAAGAAGCUCGCCGCAGACAGUUCUCGCGCUGAUGUUAACCUUCAUGGGUUCGCCUUAUUGUUUGAAAAAUCGGCACUGGAGUGCUUAGCAGAUGCCUGUUACCUUGAGAAGUAUGCAAUCCAGCGUGGAGGAAAAGCGCAUCCCAUGGACAUUCCGGCUCCCAAGAUCGAGUACAGUACGCACCCGAUCGAUGGAAUUCGCCCUAUACAAGACGCGCUGCAUAUCCAAAAGGCGAUUUUCGAAGACUGCCAGCGUCUCACGGAAGUCGCCGGCCAGAACAAAGAUUAUGCCUUGAUGGAUGUUGUCGAGUCUCGUUUCCUGUGCAAGGAGACCAAGCAUGUCAAGGAUUUAGGGGACCUCCUUAGGGAAGUUGCGAGGGUUUCAAAGAAUCCUGGCCAUGGACUCUUCCACCUUGAUAAAGAGCUCCUUAAGAACAAAGGACGAAUUCCGUGGACUUGUCACAAUUUACCUGAGAGCGCCGAUUUGGUUCUAAAGGAGAUGGCUUGUAGCCUUGGCGAACCGAGUGCCAUUUGACUGCUGUGGUACAUUGAACUCUCGAUGCGCUCUCUUGCUUUUCUUGUCAUUGUAGAUGUUAUGCAUGCCUUGCCCCGCUUGUAUUUGAUAUGAAAUUUCAUGCAAUAAAACUUGCCUUGAGGUCCCCC